CUUCCCAGAGUGGUUUCAUUUUUAGUCUGAAAACAUAACUGCAGUCCAGAAAUGCCAGCAGGAGUGAAUGCGCAGGCUGCUGGAAUCCCGAUGUCCGAUGCUAUGGGUUCCUUCAAGAGGAGGAAGAGAAAGUCCAUCACUGUGACUGCAAUGUUGUUUGUCGUGUCUAUACUUAUUCUAGUCUUUGGCUUGGCUGCCACCACAAGGACACAGAACAUCACGGUUGGAGGCUACUAUCCUGGAGUCAUUCUUGGUUUUGGCUCCUUUCUCGGAAUCAUUGGGGCUCAUUUAAUAGAAAAUAAGAGGCAGAUGCUUGUAGCUUCCAUUGUCUUCAUCAGCUUUGGUGUGGUGGCUUCGUUCUGUUGUGCAAUAGUGGAUGGUGUCUUUGCUGCAAGACACAUAGACCUCCAACCUGUUUAUGCUGGUCGAUGUGAAUACUACUCCAGUGUAACAGCUUUUGAUUUAGAUGUUCACUGCCAGACAGCGUCACGUGUGUCAUGUAAUUUGCGUGUGAAGAGUAAGACAUGCUACUGCUGUGACCUCUACAACUGUGGAAAAGAACAUCCUCUUUUGGGACUUCAGAAUAAAGAUGUUUUGAAAAAAUUUAGGAAAUCAUCCAUGAUUUCAAACCAUGUUGACCCCAGAGGAGGUUACCACGAGUACACAGAAGUGCAGAGUUGCCAAGACGUUGUGUACCUUUACCACCUGUUGUGGUCUGCCACCAUUCUCAAUGUCAUUGCCUUCUUCCUGGGUAUCAUCACAGCAGCAGUGCUCGGAACAUUCAAAGACAUGAUGCCAACAGCUUCCCCUGACACAUGUGAACCAGAUUCUCUGGCCACCCCAGCAGCCCCUGAGACUCAUGCCCCAACCACGCCCAACUCCUUCUACAACACUGCCCCCUGCCUUCCACCUUAUACUGCCUAUGACCUCCAGAUCUCCAACAUGUUCCCUGACUCUUCUGGCCUUUCUGAUGACUCACAGUCUGGAGCCAGUCACAUGUGGCCAACAAUGAUCCCUCCACGCUAUUCUCCUCCUUAUUAUCCACCUGAUGAUAAACCACCCCCAUACAGUCCUUAAGGGACACUACAAAGAAUCAUGGAAACACUAACCUAUGCCCUAGGGGUUGAGAGGUCAAUGGGCAUACAGUACAUACCAUUAAAAACGGCUACUGCUACCGUGGAGGGUCACUGCACAGGCAGUCCUGCUAUGAUGUGAUGUCUGCAGAAUGGAAGCAGAUCAGCGCUGCAGUACAGAUCCAGGAUGUUCAUCUCUACAGAGCAGAUCUAUACAGUGAGAUUUCUGCAGAUGUCCAAUUAAGGUACAUUGGGCAGUCUCACGACUCCAUGCUAUAACUAACAUCAAGACUGUUCACAAAUAUGCCUUAAAAGUGUCAUUCUGCUCCUGUCAUGAGUCUUGUCUGUGAGCUGUUUGGACACAGUGACUGCCACCAUGCGUCUCCCUUGCUGUAUUAAGUGAAUGUUUCAAAAGUGGCACAGAGUGUGCCAUUUGUUUUUGUCUCACCUCAGCCAAAGAGGAAUGAGGAGUCUUGUUUGUAUCUAUGUAUGUGUUGUCUUGUUCAUUUGCACUUUAUUGUACCUGAAUACAGCCGUAGAACAUCAAGUUGCAUCAUCCUUCCAUGUCAGUUUGGGCAGCUAGAAAUAAGCUUGUGGAACCCAAAGCAUACUUAUGAUAUUCUAUCUAAGCAGGAUGCAACAUGACAAAACACGGUCAUUUUAUUUAGCACUUCACCCAGGUACAAAUAAUAUGAAUUGUGCAGUCAUGUUAAUCACCUGCAGUGUAAAUAUCCUUUUCCUAAAUUUGUGAAUAAUCCUAUCAAUGGCUAAACAGAGGAAACAACUCGGAACUCUAACAUGCAGAUCGACAUCACCUCUGACUACUGUCUCAGGUUUGUAAAUAUUGAAUUGCAUCACUCAUAGAAAGGUGACAACAUGAAAUAUUUCAGAGCAUUAAGUAUAAAUAUGAACUGCAGAUUUCAUGGCAGGCCAUUAAAACCUACUGAUUAAAAAAAAAUUUGUUACUGCAAUAAUAAUAUAAACUACCCAUAAUCUGUACACUUAAGCUGUUUAUGUAUGAUCUAGUAUUACAUGUUUGAAUUACAGGAACAGUUCAUACUGCCUUCUCUUAGUAUACAUUUAAUCAUUUCUUGAAAGGUGUCUAUUCACUGUGAUGAGUCUAGAUUUAGAUGUACUUGAUGUUUUUGUUUCAUUUUAAGCAAAUGUACAAAUCGGGAAGCAAAAAUCUGUAAAUAACUGACAGGAAAAAAAAGUGCAGGAAUCACAUGCAGUCCUUUCUGUGUCUGUGUAAAAUAUAUUUUGUGUAUAAAUAUUAUCUUUGCACUGCAGGGUUGGAUUUGGUUUCAAACGAAAACAGACCUGACAAAGACAACCACCUUCUGUAUACUCAAUUAUCAGACUUGCUAUAUUAUACACCUUAGAUAAGAAAUUCAGAGCGAUGCACCAUGAGGAAAAUGGUCACGUAAUUGACAGCAAUGAGAACUAAGUACUCGAAAUUUUAUUUCACAUUGUACAGCACUAAGACCUAAUAAAUAUAGUUGAACAAAAUAGAAACAAUUAAAAUGGUCUUUAGUAGUAUAAAUUUGUUAAUAUGCAAGAUUAACAAAAGUUAGGGCACUCACUUUCUGACUGUGCCAAUAUUGAGUCACAUGAUCAUCCUAGUAUCCAAACCAUUACCAACUAACUAGAAUACAAUGGAAUACAUACAUACAUGUAUAUGCAAGAAGGAAAUAUAGAAAAGCACAUGGGGGGAUAAAAGAAAACAGCAGAAACUUAUCUAUUACUCUUUCCCCUACACUUAGAUAAUGGUCUGCUUAGUAGAGGCUCACCCAUUUUACUUCAUUAAUUCACAAUGAUUCAUGACUACACUCUUGGAAACGACCACAGUCUUAUAUGGCCAGCAUAUAAAUAAAAAUGUACAAUUUUACAAGUGCAAUGGACAAUAUUACUAUACUAACAUUCACACACGUCUUCCUUCCUCCUCUGCACUCAAAUCAUAAAUACAAAUGUUGCUUCUUUAUGCUAGACAAGAAAACCAAGAGGAUCAUAUAAAAAGAACGGUCUCCGUAAUGGAACAUUGUUUUAUAACCUGUUGAGAUGAUCAUUAUGAAAGCCCCAAAACAUUAAAACAUUGUCCAUAGAAUGUUUUCAUGUCUCCAGUAUUGAAUUGUAACAAUUAAAUUUUCUGCACAUUUGUAUUGUUUUCUGUGCUGGCAUUAUACACUGCCAUUUGUAGACUCUGUAUAAAUGGUGUGCUCUCAGACUCAUCAUUAAGUUCCUACAAACUAGCAAUAUGGCAAAACUGUUGAACAUGACUGUAUAAAAUGAAACUCACUAUGCCAUAACUCAAACAUAACUAAAGCGAACAUCUGUAUUCAUUCCCCCACUGAUACCGCUCAUCAUUCUGUCCUAGCAUUUCAACACUUUUCACAGAUUAAAGGUACAAUA